AUGCAUACUUAUGUGGACCUGACUGAGGUGGGGUGGGGUUUGACCCAAACUCUACUUCCCCAACUCUUCCUUUUGACCCUAGGGGUCAGCCUGGCCUUUGCCCUGCGUCCGUACCAACUCACCUACCGCCAGAUCAAGUACUUCUCAUUCCCUGGAGAGCUGCUCAUGAGGAUGCUGCAGAUGUUGGUGCUGCCCCUCAUUGUCUCCAGCUUGGUCACAGGCAUGGCAUCUCUGGACAACAAGGCAACAGGGAGGAUGGGGAUGAGGGCAGCUGUGUACUACAUGGUGACCACAGUCAUCGCCGUUUUUAUUGGCAUCCUCAUGGUCACCAUCAUCCAUCCUGGGAAGGGCUCCAAGGAGGGGCUGCACCGUGAGGGCCGGAUUGAGCCCAUCCCCACAGCUGAUGCCUUUAUGGACCUGGUCAGAAAUAUGUUUCCACCCAACCUUGUGGAGGCUUGCUUCAAACAGUUCAAGACACAAUAUAGUACAAGGGUGGUAACCAGAACCAUUGUGAGGACAGAGAACGGGUCUGAGCCGGGCACCUCCAUGCCUCCUCCAUUCUCAGUGGACAAUGGGACCAGCCUCCUGGAAAAUGUCACACGGGCCCUGGGCACCCUACAUGAGGUGUUAAGCUUCGAGGAGACCGUGCCUGUGCCUGGCUCAGCCAAUGGCAUCAAUGCACUGGGCCUCGUGGUCUUCUCUGUGGCCUUUGGGCUUGUCAUCGGUGGCAUGAAGCAUAAGGGCCGAGUCCUGAGGGACUUCUUCGACAGUCUCAAUGAAGCUAUUAUGCGGCUGGUGGGCAUCAUUAUCUGGUAUGCACCUGUGGGCAUCCUCUUCCUGAUUGCUGGGAAGAUCCUGGAGAUGGAAGACAUGGCUGUCCUGGGGGGUCAGCUGGGCAUGUACACCCUGACGGUCAUCGUAGGCUUAUUCCUCCAUGCUGGUGGUGUCCUCCCCCUCAUCUACUUCCUCAUCACCCACCGGAAUCCCUUCCCCUUCAUUGGGGGCUUGCUGCAGGCACUCAUCACUGCCAUGGGCACGUCUUCCAGCUCGGCGACACUACCUAUCACCUUUCGCUGCCUGGAGGAGGGCCUGGGUGUGGACCGCCGCAUCACAAGGUUUGUGCUGCCUGUGGGGGCCACUGUGAACAUGGAUGGCACCGCCCUCUACGAGGCCCUGGCCGCCAUCUUCAUUGCCCAGGUCAACAACUACGAGCUCAACCUGGGCCAGAUCACAACCAUCAG